AUGACAGGCCGUCAGAAUGAAUACUUUAUCCCCGGCGAUGGAAUCAGCCGCGAAGUCAUCCAAGCAGAUAUCUGCCGCUACCUGGGGAACGACGCGCUCGUGAGACCCGGCAACCAUGGUGGUCGACAAGGGUUUUUCAUCCGGGCUUAUCGAAAUCUCACAUCUGAGAUGAUUGCUGAUAUCAAGGCCGAUUCGGCCCGCUGGGAAGCUGAUGUCUCGCGACGGGCUGACUUAGGCUAUCCGAGAGGUAGUUACAAUCAAGAUGUUAACCCAUCUCAUGCCCCUAACAAUCACUCAGCGAACUAUGCCACAUCUGCCAUUCAUGACGUUCGCCAGCAACCGGGGCCAUCCCCUCCCACAUUCAGUGCCGCUCCGGCACAACAGCCAUAUAUGGAUCAAUAUUCCCAAAGUCCAUACAGCGGAUCCCAGAAUGCUCCCUACAGCAACCCUCCUUCCUACACUUCCACUCACUCGCCCUACGGAGCAGGCCAGGCUCCUUACCCUCCACCCCAGGCCUCCUACUCUGGAUCCUCUCAGCCUGUUGUGACGGCUGCUGAUAUGCAUCCUGCUUCCUACACCUACUCCGCCGCUGGUGGCUAUGGUUACGAGGGCGGUGGCCGAAAUGCGCCCAGAUACCCGGGACCAGGCUAUGAUGACCAGUCGGACUAUUCUCCCGUGACCUCGGGGAUGGCAUACCCUACCACUACUGCCCCAGAUCCCCGGAUAGGAAUGGAGCCGAGAUAUACUCCGGAAUACGAGCGCAGUAGGCCGCAACCCACCCGAGAGCGCGAUCCUCACCGUCGGCGGUAA